UCUUCCAUAUGCUUCGUACGCCGUACAUUGAAAGCGCAUGUGUUUCGUGAAUGUGUAUUUGCCGACAGUAAAAAAAACUACUUAAUUCCUUGAAAUAAACACAUAUUAUAGUCACACAGAAUUUCAUAAAUUGCUGAUGUUAUUUUUGAAUCUUCAAGGCAUCCAAUAGUAUAAAUAUUUUGUUAAUUUGAGAAACUUUAAUCGUCAAAAUGACCGAGGAAGAAGCGAUUUUCGAUCCCAACAUGAAGAAGAAGAAGAAGAAAAAGAAGACGCCCUUUGAUCUUGAGGCGGCAUUAGAAGGCGGUGGAGACACACCAGAAAGCACGGAUGCACCGGCAGCGGAAGAUACACCCCAGAGCACAGAAUCCAAAGAUACAGAGAAAAAGACAGAUGAUGAUUUUGACUUGGAUGAGUUUAGUGUAAAGAAGAAGAAGAAAAAGAAGAAGACUUUACCCUUUGACAUGGACACCAUGGAGGAUGCCUUAGCAGAAGCAGAGAAUGCAGCUGAUGGUGAAUCUCAAGAUGCUCCGAUGGAAUCAGCUCAGAUGGACACCACUGACUUUGAUGCUGAUCUUAACUUCUCUCUCACAAAGAAGAAAAAGAGAAAGAAGAAGCCCAAGCUUGAAGACAUUGAAGCGGAAGUAAUGGAGAACGGUGAUAAAGAAGAAGAGAAGGAAGAUACGGAGGUGAAGGAUACGAGUGGUACAACGUGGGCUGGCACCGAGAGAGACUACUUAUAUGAUGAGCUCCUGACGAGAGUGUUUGACAUCAUGAGAGCCAAGAAUCCUGAUAUGGUGACUGGUGAGAAGAAACGGUUUGUCAUGAGGCCACCUCAGGUAGUCAGAGUCGGAACCAAGAAAAGCUCCUUUGUAAACUUCACCGAUAUUUGUAAAAUGCUGCAUCGACCUACAGAGCAUCUACUGGCAUUCUUAUUAGCUGAGAUGGGAACCAGUGGCUCUAUUGAUGGCAACAACCAGUUGAUUAUUAAAGGACGAUUUCAACAGAAGCAAAUUGAAAACAUUCUCCGUCGAUACAUCAAGGAGUAUGUCACCUGUCACACAUGUCGAUCCUCGGAUACUUUCCUUCAUAAAGAGAAUCGGCUCUUCUUUCUCCAGUGCGAGAGAUGUCAAUCUCGCUGUUCUGUUGCCAGCAUCAAAUCUGGUUACCAAGCCGUCACAGCGAAACGUGCACAGAUUAGAGCUAAGGCAAAUUAACAUCGGGGGUUAGGGAAGGGUAAAUCAGUUCAGACGAGGUACAAAUCAGGAAUCGUGCGGGGUAAGGGUGUGGCCUUUAGAUUGGCACCACCUCAGGAUUGAAAGAAACAAAAAACAAGUUACUCAAUUCUUCUCAUAAUGAGGUAUAUUUUUAUGGUUAUGAGAUACGUAGAAAUAUCUUUGUAAAUUUAAUCCAUUUAUGGGUUUUUGGGAAUACCACUGAAGCUAACCAUAAUCUUAUUUCUAUUUCCAGUCUGUUAUAAGCUGAUAUUUUUAAUGAAACAUUUCAUUUACUUGUAUGAUUCAGUGCUACAUAUUAGUCAGCCUUUGAUGAAUACAUGACUUUUGUAUUAGCAUUGUGCAUAACGCCAUGUUUGCAGGGAAAAUGUACUAACUGUGAAUACUCUGUGCCAACAGGGCUUAGUUGCAUAGAGCUGCUUAAAGCACAAAAUGUUGCUUAGUAACAUUAUUUCUUGCUAAGCAGGAAUAUGCAGGUUACCAUUCACAAAUAGUUCAUGUGACAUUAUAUUUUGGCUGGUAAACUUAUUCAGGUGUAAAACACAAUAUUUGUUGUGCAUUCAGCAGUUUUAUGAAACUUGGGCCUGGUUCUACUUCCCUGGGGUAUGUUUUACCAAACGACCAUCUGUGACUGAUUUCUUGUAAUAUGCUGAAUAUUUUAUCCAAAUCAUUAGCUUUACGUUUUUCAGUUGUAGUUGUUGCUGAUACUGUGCUAUACCCUUGAAACUAAUAAAAUAAAUGAUAUUCAUAUGAUUUGUAAAGGGGAAUUUUCAAUGACCUUCCUUUUAAAGGAAUGGUUUUACAAGCAUUGAUUCUCCAAUGUGUUUAAUUGGAGUCGUCAUGUUUUUUGGCGACCAUAGCACAACUUUUCCUGACAUCAAAUCUACUAACCCAAAUAUUUUGUGAGAGCCAGCGAGGGAUCAGAAACAGAUUGUGAGAUAGAUUCAUUUCUUGAAAAUUACUCUCACUUCUUUUUUCAUGUUGUGAAACGCAAUGUUCAUAAUUUUAUUUUUGGUAUUUUAUAAAAACCUGUCAAUCCUGAACCAAGAAGUUGGUUACAUUUUACAAUGUGGAACAGCUACAUAAAUGCGAUGAAAAUGAAUUCUUGAAAAUCGCUUGUAACCAGUGACUGAAGCUUUUAAGCAGGGACUAGUUUACUCUUUAUCCCAAAAAGAUUUCCCCAAAUUCUUUUGUUGAAAACUCUGAAGUUAAUACAAGUUUUGUAUUAAGUGUGAUUGUAGUGGUCAUUUAUGUAGUCAUUGAAAUAAAUCAACAGUUUAAACAGA